AAAAAUUCUAAUUCUGACUAUUGAGUCCUUCCUAGAAAUACAUGAAAAAUAUAUAACCUCCGCGGGGAGCGAGUAUAUAUUAUCUCAUUUAGCCGCUCAUAUAUAGCAUCUUAGGUGGAUGAUAAACUGUUCAAUGGCAGCAACAUUCGGCAUAGUUCUUUUUAUUUCAUGGGUGAAUCUUCUUUUACUGCUCCUCCUCAGCUACUCUGUUCACUCGCGAACGAUCAUCGAAAACCUACCAGGUUUCGAUGGUCCUCUCCCAUUUAAACUCGAAACCGGCUACACCGGGAUAGGAGAAAGAGAUGACAUACAAAUAUUUUACUAUUUCGUGGAGUCGGAGAGGAACCCUAGGGAAGAUCCGGUGGUGAUUUGGAUUCCCGGUGGUCCGGGUUGUUCUACUCUCCGCACAUUUUUUUACCAGCACGGUCCACUCAAAUUUAACUACAUGAAGUCCACAGGGAAAAAGAUGAUGCUGGAGUUGAACCCAUAUUCGUGGACAAAGGUUUCAAAUGUAUUAUAUUUAGACACACCUGUUGGGGCUGGGUUUUCAUAUGCAAGAACUUCGAAUGCCUUGAAAUCAAGUGACACAAUAUCAUCAAAACAUGUCUAUGAUUUUUUGAGAAAGUGGUUCAAUGAUCAUCCAGGAUUUAUGAGCAACCCAGUAUACAUUGGUGGCGUAUCCUACUCUGGCAUAGUUGUUCCAAUCAUCACUCAAGAGAUCUACAAUGGGAAUGAAGCUGGAAACAAACCGGAAAUAAACAUCAAAGGAUAUUUCCUCGGCAAUCCUCUAACCGACAGAGAUAUAGACUCUAACUCCAAGAUCCCGUAUGCUUAUGAAGUUGCACUGUUAUCUCGUCAACUCUACGAGUCAGCCAGAGAACAUUGUUCAGGUGACUACAUGAAUCCGAUGAACGCAUUAUGUGCAAGAGACCUUGACAGAGUGGAGGAGUGCCUCAAGUAUAUAUAUGAACAUCAUAUAUUGGAACCUAUUUGUGAAUCAUCUGAGGAUGAAGCUUCAAGCCCGCUAGUGUUGUAUUCAUUACCGCAGCCGCGGUGUCGAGAGGAAACUUAUAACUACAAUAUCAUAUGGGCUAAUGAAAAAGAUGUGCAAAGAGCUCUCGGUGUCCGUGAGGAGGAAACUUAUAACUACAAUAUCAUAUGGGCUAAUGAAAAAGAUGUGCAAAGAGCUCUCGGUGUCCGUGAGGGGACGGUAAAAGAGUGGGAACAAUGCGACGGAGAUCACUAUUUAUUUGGGAAAAACGAUACCGACACUUACUCAUAUAACGUUGCAAGUUCGAUAGCUUAUCACCGAAACUUGACCAAUAAAAAUUGUCGAGCUCUUAUAUACAGUGGUGAUCAUGACCUGGUAUUUCCACAUAUCGGUACAGAAAAAUGGAUACAUUCUCUGAAUCUAACGGUGGAAAGUGAAUGGGCUCCUUGGUUUGUUGAACAACAAGUAGCCGGAUAUGAAACGACAUAUUCAGACAAUAAUUAUUCAUUGGCAUUCGCUACGGUGAAGGGUGCAGGCCACAACGCUCCAGAGUUUAAGCCUAAAGAAUGUUUAGCCAUGGUGGAUAGAUGGUUCUCCGGAAAUUCUCUCAAGUGGCUCUAAUAUGCACCGAUAUUUUUAAAAGAUAUAAGUUUAUCUUAAUAAUUCAUAUGAUGUAUUGAUAUUUUCAAAAAAUAUAUCUGUAUUAUAUAUAUUUGGGUUAAUAUAUGUUUGAUACAUUGAUUUAUACAUGAUUGAAGUCAAAAAUUUUAAUUUUA